AGCGUUCUUCUGGUUGAUGCAGUUGAACUGAGACUGAGCUUUCUGAGCCUGAGAGCGCCACCUGGAGUGAACCGGAGCAACGGACAACAUCCCCCCAAUCCAGUAUCACCCUCGAAGCUUUGUGUCCGUUCAAGCCGCCAUACUCUCGCCUUGUGUUUGCUGUUUCUGCUGCACGAAGCCGAGGAUACCGACAGUCCUAAACAGGUGAAAGUUCAGGAUGGCAUCAGCAGUGAUCUCAGUGCCCACCACGGCGUCCCGCUUCGCACUGCUGCAGGUCGACUCGGAUUCGGAGUCCGAUUCGGAUGCGGGGAAACCGAAGGCGGGUCGUGGAGCAGGGAAGCCCUGCUCGGGGAAAUCUCCCAGCGGGAAGACCAACCAAAAUAACGACAAAAAGAAAGAGAAGAGAAGACGAAAGAAGGAACAGCAGCAAAGUGAAGCCAAUAAGCUCAGAAGUCUUGCUUUUAAGAAGAUCCCUCAGAAGUCAACAGCACCUCCCUCCACGCUCACGCUGCAGGAUUUAGCCAGUGAUCUGAUCAACCCGGCAGCGGUCCAGCACAGCUCCAAGCCCCAGGAGAGCUGGCAGGAGUGGAAACAGAGAGAUGAACAGCUGACCAGUGACUUGUAUGAGGCGGAUCUGGAGAAGGCCUUGAUGCUCAGUAAACUGGAAUUUGAGCAACAUAAAAAGGAUGCUGAAAGAACAGAGACGGCGUCACCAAAAGCUAAAGCAGGAGGAAAGAAGGACAGGAAGAAGAAUCAGCAGGGGAAGGACAAACGAGUGACUGUGUCUCUUAAAGACUUCCAGCAGGAGGGUGGCGUGGAUCAGCUGAACAAGAAGCCUGACAGAGAGCCUGUGAAUCCAGCGUUGUGUGACGACAAGUUUUUCAACCAGCUGGAGGACGAUGUGAGCCGGAUUGUCCAGCGUGACAAGCGCAGAGAGCAGUACAGCAACAGUGCCGGCCACGAGGUCAACACCUCCUCAGAGCAGGAGCAGGAUGUGAGAACUGAGCAGUUAAAAUAUGAACUGGAAAAGAAAGACCAGGAAAUUAUAAAGUUGAAAAAGACAAUUUCACAAUGGGAGGAAAGAUAUAAGGAAGUGAAGGCCAGAAACUCUCAGCUGCUUAAAAUGCUUCAACAGGGAGAGAUGAAGGACAAAGCUGAAAUUCUGCUGCAGGUGGAGGAGCUCCAGAACAUUAAAGAAGAGCUGUCCUCACAGGUGACACAAUUACACACAGCUCUGGAGCAAGAGAGGUCAAAAGUGAAGGGCUUACAGUCAGAGCAACCGAAACAUCAGGGGAACCGGAAGGGUAAAAAAGCAUCAGACGGGGGGGACGUAUGAAGAUGCACGUUAGAGGACAGACAGCUUGAAUGUUUCAGCUCCUUUGUCAAGCUGCUAAUGUCUUUAAUAUCUGUUCGAAACACCACACACUCUCUUAACCAAACUACCACCGUCACUCACACACUCCUGCUUAUUACUGCAUAGUUCUGUUAGCCUGAUCACAGUGAACAGAAGAUCUGCUUCUACUCUGUAGAAUAAAUCCACUUCUGUUCUCUGCACUGUGAAUCAAAGGCAUACAAUCCUGAGUUCUUUUCAAUAAACAUGCUAAUCUACUUUUUCAAA